AUGGGUGUGCCAUACACUGAGCCUGCUAUGGGUGGAAUUCAGAAAGCAGAGCCUGGAGACAUACCAGUGUACGGGGUUGCAUACCUUUUAACUGAAAAAGAUAUGCACCAAGUAAUAUUGAGCGAGGGUGGUGGCAUUGCAUACACAGCAGAACCUCUCACUGCGACUUUGGAAAGUGAUUCUGCAGCCAUCCCAGUCACUACCCUGCUGGCGAGACAUGAUAUUCCUGUGGGAUAUGAAAGACUCCCCUCUGGGCGAUACAUGGGACUAUUGAUUCGAGGCGCAGAAGAGCACUCACUCCCAACGACUUACCAAGAGAGGCUUCUCUCUCAGCCGACAUUCAUCCGCCCCAUUGGAUAUCGAUUCAAAGCCGGAAAAUGGCUAUUCAACAUUUUCUGGCAAAGAGUCUCUUGUUAUAUUGAGACGGGGGUGCAUUAUUUCAAGAAUGAAGAUGGAAAUGUACCAAGAUGGUUUUUGAUAGUAUUCGACUGUUUGCUAUGGACGAUGUGGUUCUACCAUGACUACUUCCAUAGUAUCAUCUGGGGACGAGGCGAUGGACUAAAGACCCGGUAUUUUAAUCAGUUUACUCUAUAA